AAAUAAUAAACAGCAAAUCCCGAUGGAGUGAGUGAGAUUAAUGGUUAAUGUUAAUCCCUAAACCCUAAAUUUGUAAUUUUGUAGAGUUGCUUUUUGUUUAAAGUAAAAAUAAUACAAAACAGUAAUUUAAUCAAUAAUAUCUAGCUUUAAACGUGCCAAGUGAAAUGAAAAGAUGGCUAGCAGGAAUAACACUCAGCGCUCUAAGCAUAACUAUGGACUUCUUGCCAAUGUAUCUACUACUGAAUUGGAAUCUAUACGAGUAGGCAUCAAAAGAAAAACUUUUACUGGAACUCAAUCAUCAGCACCCAUUGAAAGAAGCUUGGGUGAUCCAAAAUCCAUUAUUCCUCUGGUUCACUUUGGAAAGGAUAAUAAACGUAUACCAAGAUCUAUUUUUGAUCGAGAAGGCAUCGUCGUAAACAAAGAAGAAGAACAGCCCGUUGGUAGAAAAAAAACCGAACAUUCCAAAUCGCGUAGUUACAGUAGAUCGGAUUCUAGAAGCCCCUACUCAAGGCGGCAUUCAAGGAGCAGAUCGAGAAGUCGAAGUAGAAGGAGUGUAGAUAGACUUGUAAAUAAACGUAGAAGUAUUGAUAGAAGCAGAAGGAGAGAUAGAAGCAGCGAAAGAAAAUAUAGUAGUAGAAGCUCAGAUAGAGAAAGAAGUAGAGAUAGAAGACGAAGUGCAGAUAGGGGUAGAUCUCCUAAGAAAUAUGAAAAACGCAGAUCUCAUUCCAGAGAUCGAGAUAGUCAUCGUGAGAGGAAAAAAUCUAUUACUCCGUUAAGACCAGGUGAAUAUCGUCCCAACCAUCCAGAUCUUUUAAAGAGACGAUCCAGGGAGAGGGAGGGAUAUAAAUCUAGACGUAGUAAAUCACUUUCUACUGACGGACCUUCUACUUCACGAAAGCGAUCGCCAUCAUCUCCCAGGAGAAAAUCACGAUCCCCGCAACGAUCGUCUAAAAGGAGGCGAAGCUCCAGGUCACCUGAACGAUAUGAAAGAAAGAGUAGAUCUUCUUCGCCCAAACAUUAUGGAUCAGCUCAAUAUGAUAGAUAUUCUCGACGAAAAAGUAGAUCUCCUCGACCAAAUGAUUUCAGCCCUAGAGCUAGAAAACGUUAUAGUAGGAGUCCUGAAUAUGACAGAGACAGAAGAUAUAGAGAUCGCAGGAGGACCAGAAGUAGAUCGCCAAAAUCUAAGGAUAUGUCUCAAUUUAGAGAACCAGGAUUAGAUUUUGGUUAUUAUGAGGGAAUUGCUACUCCAGAUCUUUGGUUGCAUCCUCAUCCUGGAAUGAUUCGAGGUUACAUUCCUCGAUUUUAUCCUCCUUUUUAUCCCCGUGGAAUUCCUCCUCACGGCACGCAGGUAAUGUUUCCGCCACGUUAUCCGAUAGUCCCAAAUAUUAUUAGAGGAAAAUUGCCAGUAUACAACAAUAGACAGAAGCCAAAAAUUAUACCAGCUACCGAAAGUGAUCCGUCAGUUUCUGUUGUUACCAGUAAUUACUGCCAAGACGAGACAGAAGGAAGAUGUGUUAUAGAAGAAGUAAACCAUGGGGACGUAAAAGAGGUGCGCAAGUCCAAUGAUGUUGAGUCUGAUCAACAUAACGGCAAUGAGUCUGAAAAUAAAAGCACAUCGGAAGUUAAAACCGAUUAAAAUGUUAUCUUUAAGUAUUUUUUUUAAUAAAGUAAGUUGUUCCAGC